GCAAGGUAGUAUAAUGGUUUUAGCGUCUGUUAUGAAUUACUGAGAUUACUACGAGUUGUAAAAAUUUUAAUUAAAGUUGCAGUGGUGAUACGAGAUGAAGCUAGUUAUUAAGGUUUUUAACUUUAUAAUUGUGACCUUUUGGGUCGUCUCGUGUCAAAAAACCGAUGAUGAAAGUAGGCCUUACGAAUUCGGGUUUACCAUCGACGGCCAGCAGCACCGACAUGAAAAAAAAGAUGUUAAUGGAAUCAUUCAAGGCGAAUUUGGCUUUAUCACUGCCGACGGUAUUUAUCACGUAACUGUGUACGCCACUGACGAAAAUGGCAAUUUCAGGAUUUUGAGUAUGAGAAAUGUUCGGAUUAGUGCCCCUCUGGAUGGGUCACCGCUACCUCCGGGUGCCAAAAUAGAAGGCAGUCCAGCCCUGGGAAACCAGAACCCACAACCACAACCCGGAACCCCGGUCCAGAACCAACCACAACCUAUUCAGACCACCUCCCGGCCUAGAACAACCUACGUUUUCACAACGCAACCUACAAUCAAGCCGGCAUGUGGUGGCUGCGGUUAUGUCACGACGCCUAAACCUAGACCUGGGGAGCUUUUCCCGUUCCAAACAUCCGCGUUCCAGAAACCUAUUCAAACUGUGAACGAGCCCAAGCCUGAAUUAAAUUCACCCAAUCCGGGCACAAACUCCCCCAACCCAGGUUUAAACUCUCCAAACCAGGGUUCAAGCUACCCUAACUCUGGACUAAAUUCACCCAAUCCGGGCUCAAGUUACCCUAACUCUGGUUCAAAUUCCCCAAACCGUGGUUCAAGUUACCCUAACUCUGGAUUAAAUGCACCCAAUCCGGGCUCAAGUUACCCUAACCCUGGUUCAAAUUCCCCAAAUCCAGGCUCGAAUUACCCCAACCCUGGGUUAGUUUCCCCCGGAUUUAAUGAAAUCGAUCGGAAGCCGCGGAAACCACUUUCCCAAGUGACAGUUUCCGACGGUGCUAUACACGUGCCCGGAAAUCCGGACAUUCCAGUCCGUGAUAAGUUUCCGGGGAUGGUUGAUGGUUUACCCGCCGGAGUUACAGAGAAAGAUAUUACCGAUUUGUUGUAUAAAUUUAAUUAUACUGUUGGUUUCCACGGGCAUUACGAGAAAGGUUUGAAAAAUGGUGCUAAGAUCGGUGGUUAUUUUGUUACCGGAAGAGAUGGAAUUAGCAGAAUUGUCACGUACGUCGCUGAUGAGAAUGGAUUUAGACCGAAAGUGAAGUUUGUUAGAUUGGAUUUGAAUUCCGAUGAGGUGCCGAAAGAAGGAACGGAGAAAACUUUCGGAUUAAAGAACUUUGAGUUUGUUUGGUAUCCGAUUAGUUAAACUGUAUUGUUAAUUAUUUAAAUAAAUUAAU